AUGGCUGCUGAGGUGCGACGGGACUCGUUCAAGACGUUCUGGGACAAGUACUCAGACAAGCCAGACAGCAACUCGAUGAUGCUUAAUCACACUGCGCAUGAUCUCGAAGCCAGCGACAGGGCAGAUAUCCUCUCCAGUCUACCUCAUUUAACGAACAAGGACGUCGUCGACAUUGGCGCAGGAAUCGGGUUCGUUGAAUCAUUCAAUUUUUUGCAAGUUUUUUAUUCACACGAGGGCGAUUUGCACCCUUAG